AUGUCAAGUGCUAUAAAUACAUCGAUCAAAGCUUCGGAAACAGUUUUGACGACGCGUCUCACCAACCAAGAUGUCCAGCUCGAGCAAAGCAUACGCAUGCUCUCGACAGACAUUCCAGCCACAAUCGAAGGUGCAGAGACUAGAUUGAUGCAUCGAUUCGACGGCCAAGAUACCCUCCUCGAGGAUGCGGCUCAGCAGCAUUAUGUGCAAACACUGUAUCUGCAGGAUCAAGCUCAGGAUGUGCUUAGAAGCCGUCUGCUUGACGCUUUGGCCUUUCCAGAGAUGAACGAACGACGCAACACGAUUGAGGGGCGCGUCGUCGACUUUGGCGAGACCUAUAGCUGGAUAUUCGAUCCUGCGGGCGAGGGCAAGGCUCGUUCUCACGGUAAAAAGCCCCAUAUGUUCGUUAAGUGGCUUCGGACUGGUCAAGAGGUCUUUUGGAUCAGUGGCAAACCUGGUAGCGGGAAGAGCUCCCUUAUGGACUAUAUCUAUCAAAAUCUUCAGCCCAGGGGCCAUGGCUUUGCCCAUUUGGAAGCAUGGGCCAACCGACGGCCUGUCCGCCUGCUCAGUUUCUGGUUUUUCAGACCGGCCACAAGUGUUCUGUUGAAAUCUCUCGAAGGAUUCUGGAGGUCACUUUGCUUUCAGAUCCUUGACAUUGAUCAGGAUAUCGCGGCCAAAAUUCGAGCUAACGUAGACCGUGCAGCACCCAACAGCCUGCGGGCUUGCCUUGUCAAGGCGGGCUCCCACGCUCAAUCCUGGACAAACAUCGAACUAAGAUCAUGGCUGCGCUACUUGCUCGAUCACUCUGCUUUCAACUACUGCAUACUGGUUGAUGGGCUUGAUGAAGUCCCGAAUGACCAUGAAGCUUUGCUGGAUGCGAUUCGAUUCAUUGCUCAAGGCUCCAACAAGAUCAAGAUUUGUUGCUCAAGCCGACCAGAGGCUCUCUUUCAGCACGCUUUCCAGCAAUGUCCGUCGCUGCGCCUGCAGGACUUCAAUUACAGGGAUAUCAUGGCGCAUUGCAGCGAGCGCCUCUCUGCAACUAGAUGCGCCUCCUUUGAAAUGAAGAUUGCCGACCGGGCGGACGGGGUCUUUCUCUGGGCUUAUCUUGUCGUGGAAGAACUUCGGAGGGCUGCAAUCCAGGGAGAUGACGAGGACGAUCUGGAGCGACGCCUUGAAGAAUGUCCAAGUGGAAUGAAUGAACUGUUUACGUUCUUAAUUGAGCGGCAGGAUACGUUCUAUGCGAAACACCCAAAGUCAUACCUACGUCUAAUCGAAGUUACAGUCAGGAAUAAGCUCGGGCCGCUGUCCUUGCUUGAAGUUUUUGUAGCAUCGCAAGAACCGGAAAUGCUGAGUUGCAACUUCCCCGACAAUCUGAAUGCUCAAUUUCUGGCACGUUUGGAUGCAAUGGCAGAAAAUUUUGAAGCCAAUGCGGUGGUGAGAUGCGCAGGACUCGUCGAAGUCAGCGAGCAGGACAUCGACGGAUACUUCCCAGAGACUUUCCCUUACAAAGCCCUGGAUCGCGUGCACAGAUUGCGGGCGGGAUUUAUCCACCGCAGCGCACAAGACUUCCUUGUGGAUAGUGAAAGGGGUGCUGCAUUGCUUCAAGCGUGUGGCAUCUCCGAACUGGAAGCUUUGAGACGAGUGAUGACUGCUCGUUCGGUCAUCUUCCUCGUCAACGAUAAUUCGAGCAGUGAUGCAAGCAUUUUACGUGCUGCACGCCAAAUAAAAGGGGCCUCAUGGACUGGUUUUGACUCGGAGGUCAUCGAUCAUACACUUCGGACAGUCCUGAAGCGAACGCCGAGAGUUUUCCCACCGCCCCUCACGGAGAAUAAGCAUAGCAAUGUAUCGCACGUCAAUCAUGUGGAUGGUGAGGACCUAUUGUGCGAGGGCCUGGUGUGCCCGCUUCUUUCACCCCUCCAGAAUAUCGUCUUCAUCUGUUGCCUGCAAUUUGGAUUGACACCUUAUCUAAAGGGAAAAUUGGGCGUUCUGGAGCAGGAGGAAUUGACUCUCGUGGCUGGGUUUUGUGCAAGUUUACUUUUGGAUUUGGAUAGGGGAGGAUUCUGGCCUGAUGGAGCUGACUACGACUACGAGAUCCUUGCAAUGCUUAAGCCUCACCUCUCGUGGACGCUGAACCUGACACUGUGUCACUACUGGCCCGGGGCGGACUUUUAUCUUUAUGUGAGUCGCCCCUUUUGGCAACACAUUCGCGCGUAUAGUGGCAAAGGCUUUGGCAACGACACCGCUCUUAAGGCGCUUCGGUGCCAACUGGAGGCCCUCGAUGUUUCCGGGAGUUAUAGCACAGGCCAAGCGCUCCACCUGAGGGCAUGGUUCGUUGCAGAAGAUUUACAACUUGUUUGCACUGAACCGGACGAAUCGACAGCAUUGGUCGUGAGUACACUCGCUAAAGAUUUCGACAUCUUCAAGAUUAAUAUCAUCCUAGAACCCAGCGCUCCCGGCGUGCAGUUCUAUCAGUGUUCCCCUCGAGGACUCGAGCGCUUUUUGGAAAUUGACUCCUCUACCAGUGAGUCCCUGCACAAGGCCUUUUCCGAAAGCCCCUCUCCUUUUCCGGACUCAGCCGCCGAAUGCAUAGCGGAUAUUUUAAACCGCCGUAUAGCCAGCUUGACCGCAGUUGAGAUUGCGGGGAUUGUGCUCAGCCAUAGAGAAUGGGGUAUUCAUCACUGUACAUUCUCUGACGGACAAUUCCAUGCUGUAUUCUAUGACAGCUGGUUGGCAUGGAAACGCAGGCUGAUGGACGGAGUGCUUGACCAGGAUUUCGACGCCGACCCGGAGCACGAUCCUAUAUUGAAUGAGAUUUUAAAGGCAUUGGAGGAGGAAAAGACGAGGCGGUAG